AUGAAAAUUUUUCUUGAAUCAGUGGACAAAGGGGUCUGGGAUACUGUAGUUAAUGGACCUUUUCAACCCAUUAAAGUUGUGGAAGGCAAAACUGUUCUUAAAGAGGUAUCUGUGUGUGAAUCCGCCAAAGAGAUGUGGGAUGUUUUGGAGGUCACCCAUGAGGGCACGGAUGAGGUAAAAAGAGCAAGGAAGAACACUCUCAUUCAAGAUGAAGCUUUGAGACUAAUGGUAAAGGGGUUCUCAAAAUUUCUAAAGCAUAAGAACAAAUCUAACAGUAAUUCUGCAGAAAUUAAAAGAUCUUCUAGGAAACAAGAAAAACAUGUUCCAACCUGCUAUGAGUGUGGAAAAAUGGGACACAUCAAACCUGAAUGCCCUGCCCUCAAGCUGAAGCAAAAACUAGAAGAGAAAUGUGAGGCAGACAAGCACAAGAAGAAAAGGAAAGCUUACAACAGUGACUCCAGCUCAUCCAGUGAAUCUGAUGGAAGCAUUGAGGAAGAGACCAACCUCUGUCUUAUGGCUGGAACAAGCUCUUCUAAGAGCAGUAUGAGUUUCCAGUGUAACCCAGUUUCUAAUGGUUCUUUCUGUGUGUCCAGUGAUAUGGCACACCCGCGUAUCGCUCCUUCUCCACCCCCUCAGGGCGAUGGGCAAGAUCUGGCUAGGGCGAUCGAGGCCAUGGCUGCGGCUUUGACCCAGCAAAGCAAUGCCAUGAUGCAACAGCAUGAGGCGGCGAUGCAGUGCCAGGAAGCCUCUCUUGAGCAGCAGAACUUCAUGAUGCAGCAGAUGGAAGCUGCUAGGCAGGCUGCAGAGGACGCUCAGAGGCAGCAUGUGGAUGCUCUCCGUCAGUUAGGGGAGAAUGCUGCAGGUGCUCAGAUUCCCGACCAGGCGGAUCAGUGGAUGAAAGAUAUGGAGCGCAUCUUUGAUGCCAAGAGGUGCCCCGAUGAGAGCAGGCUUGCUUUCACUGUCUACAUGCUCACUGGAGAGGCUGAGCAUUGGUGGGCCAGCAUGAAGCUGGUGAUGGAGGAGAAACAUGAGGAUGUCACAUGGAGAGCCUUCAAGAAGAGGUUCUUAUCUGAGUAUUUCCCUGAUAGCGUGAGGUACGCUAAGGAGGUAGAAUUUCUCCAGCUGACGCAGGGAAACAAGUCAGUAGCUGAGUACGCCGAGAGGUUCAAGCAUCUGGGGCGUUUUUACACCAUGCCGCUCGAUGAGGAGUGGCGUUGCAGGAAAUUUGAGAAUGGUCUUAGAGGAGACAUCCGCCUGAUGGUAGCUCCACUGUCCAUCAAGGACUUUGCGGCCUUAGUGGAAAAGGCCAGGGUCAUGGAGCGAAUGAAGGUAGAGGUGGAAGCUCAGCAGCAGCCACAGCAGAGAGUUAGCGGACCAUCUGGGUCCAGGCCACGAGUUGAAGAAAAGAGGAAGCCUUAUGCUAGACCCCAUCCACAGCCACAAGGAUCUGGAGGUUUCUCUUCCCCGCUUGGCAGGAUACAGUGUUAUCAUUGCGGAGGACCGCAUGCGAAGAAUUUCUGCCCACAGCUACCAGGUUUCCGCAGAUGCAACCUUUGUGGCAGGGGAGGCCACUUCGGCAGGGAUUGUCCUUCUAGGAGAGGGGCAGUAGCACGACCUUCACCACACACUCCGAGUCAGAGUUCAGGCCAGACUCAGCAUAGAGGAGGAGGCAGCAGGCCUCAGGCUACAGGUAGGGUCUUUGCGAUGACCGGGUCAGAGGCGGCAGGUUCAGGUAACCUUGUGAUUGGUUGUUGUGUGAUAUCUGGAAAAUCUUGUUGCGUGCUUUUUGAUUCUAGAGCGACACACUCAUUUGUGUCAGAGUCUUGUGUGCGGGAGUUGGGUCUGCCGGUGUGUGAACUACAGUUUGAUCUCGUGGUAUCGACUCCGGCAUCUGGGUUGGUUAGUACUUCCUCUGUGUGUGCUAGAUGUCCAGUUGAGGUAGAGGGGCGCGUAUACAAAGUCAAUCUUAUAUGCCUCGCUCUGCAAGGGCUUGAUGUGAUCUUGGGAAUGGAUUGGCUCUCCGCCAAUCAUGUUCUCACAGACUGUCGGGAGAAGAAGCUGUUGUUCUCAAACUCAGAGGAGCCUGAGUUGUUGUCUUCUCAUGAGGUUAUGAAGGAAAUUCAGAGCGGCGCGCAGUGUUAUAUAGUCUUUGCCAGGAUAGAGGUUGAGAAGGAAGAGAGGAUCACCGUGAUACCAGUGGUCAGAGAAUUUGAGGAUGUGUUCCCUGAAGAGGUACCGGGUUUGCCCCCGAGGAGAGAGGUUGAGUUCUCCAUAGACUUGGUACCAGGAGCCGGUCCUGUAUCGAUAGCUCCUUACCGCAUGGCCCCAGCAGAGUUGGUAGAGUUAAAGAAGCAGAUAGAGGAACUGCUUGAGAAACAGUUUAUACGGCCGAGUGCUUCGCCGUGGGGAGCGCCUGUUUUGCUUGUGAAGAAGAAGGACGGUGGCUCCAGGUUGUGUGUGGAUUAUAGGCAGCUGAACAAGCUGACUAUCAAAAAUAAGUACCCCUUGCCAAGAAUAGAUGAUUUGAUGGAUCAGCUUCAUGGGGCGUCAGUGUUCUCCAAGAUUGAUCUCCGGUCAGGUUAUCAUCAGAUUUUGGUGAAGGCAGAAGAUGUUGAGAAGACGGCUUUCAGAUCCAAAUAUGGGCAUUACGAGUAUGUCGUCAUGCCAUUCGGUGUGACUAAUGCCCCAGCUUUGUUCAUGGAUUACAUGAACCGGAUCUUCCGUCCGUUUUUAGAUAAGUUUGUCGUGGUCUUCAUAGACGACAUUCUCAUCUACUCCAGGACGCAGGAGGAACAUGCCGAGCAUCUGAGGAUAGUGCUUGGUAUCUUGAGGGAGAAACAACUGUUUGCCAAGUUGUCUAAGUGUAACUUCUGGAUGAGAGAGGUGCAGUUCUUAGGGCACGUGAUAUCAGCGCAGGGUAUAGCUGUGGAUCCAGCUAAGGUAGAGGCCGUGAUACAGUGGGAAUGUCCUAAGUCAGUGACCGAGAUUCGAAGCUUCGUGGGUUUGGCUGGCUACUACAGGAGAUUUAUAGAGGGAUUCUCCAAGAUAGUGGCACCCUUGACACAACUAACCAGGAAAGAUCAACCGUUUUUAUGGACUGAUAGGUGUGAGGAGAGCUUCAGGGAGCUUAAGCAGAGGCUGACGAGUGCUCCAGUGUUAGUAAUCCCAGAUGUGAGUAAACCCUUUGAGAUAUGGAGGCACUACUUGUAUGGUGCACAGUUUCGUGUGUUUAGUGACCACAAGAGUUUGAAGUACCUCUUCGAUCAGAAAGAGUUAAAUAUGAGGCAGAGGUGGUGGAUAGAGUUUUUAAAGGACUAUGACUUCGAACUUCUCUAUCACCCAGGGAAGGCGAAUGUGGUGGCAGACGCAUUGAGUAGGAAGACAGUGCAUGUGGCACACUUGAUGAUGAAAGAGUUAGAGUUGCUUGAGAGUUUCAGGGACAUGAAGCUACAGUUUGAGCUGGAGCCGGAAUUCAUUAGGUGUAGCACCUUUGUUAUAUCUAGUGACUUCUUGGGCUUAAUCAGAGAAAGACAAGCAAGGGAUGGCAUGAAAAAGGAGGUUGCACAGUUCGUAUCGGCCUGUUUGACUUGUCAAAAGGCUAAGGUGGAGCAUCAGAAACCUGGUGGAACGCUUCAACCUUUGGAUAUUCCGAGUGCUCACUUUUUGGCAGUAAAUCUCAGGAUGCCUAUGACCAAGUUGGCCCAGCUUUACAUCCGAGAGAUAGUGAGACUUCAUGGAGUGCCUAGUAGCAUAGUGUCUGACAGAGACCCCCGGUUCACUUCCAGGUUCUGGCAGACACUUCAGGAGGCUAUGGGUAGCAGUUGGGAUGAGGUGUUACCGCUGGUGGAGUUUACCUACAACAACAGUUACCAAGCGAGUAUAGGGAUGGCACCUUAUGAGGCUUUGUAUGGGAGGAGAUGUAGGACUCCUUUGUGUUGGUACCAGGACGGUGAGUCAGUUUUGGUUGGACCUGAGUUAUUGCAGCAGACCACAGAGAAGGUGCAGUUAGUGAGAGACAGGUUGCAAGCAUCCCAGAGUAGGCAGAAGGCAUAUGCAGACCGAAGAAGGAGACCCUUAGAGUUUGAGGCUGGGGAGCAUAUCUUGAGGAGGAUAGGGCCCGUGGCUUAUGAGGUUUCAUUGCCACCCCAGUUAGCUAAUCUACACCCAGUCUUUCAUGUUUCACAGCUACGGAAGUAUGUCUUUGAUCCAUCACAUGUGUUGGAGGCGGAGGAUGUGGAAGUCAGGGAGAAUCUCCAGGUAGUGGUACAGCCCGUGGCUAUAGAGGAUCGUCAAGUGAAGGAGCGCAAGGGAAGAGCCACUAGUCUCGUGAAGGUCAUCUGGGACCAGAGGACAGGUGACUCAACUUGGGAACUAGAGGAGGAGAUGAGGAGUUCAUACCCACAUCUGUUCUGGUAA